AUGUCUCAUUUAAUUACAUUAGCUACCUGUAACUUAAAUCAGUGGGCCUUGGAUUUCGAAGGUAACAGGGAUAGAAUUUUAGAAUCUAUUUACAUAGCCAAAGAGAAAGGUGCACGUCUGCGUGUUGGUCCCGAAUUAGAAAUAACCGGUUAUGGCUGUUUGGAUCACUUCUUAGAAAACGAUGUGUGCUUACAUUCAUGGGAGAUGUAUGCUCAGAUCAUCAAAAAUCCUAAGACGCAUGGCCUUCUUUUAGAUAUUGGUAUGCCUGUUUUGCACAAGAAUGUUCGCUACAAUUGUAGGCUAUUGUCGUUGGAUGGUAAGAUUUUAUUCAUAAGACCAAAAAUGUGGUUAGCUAAUGAUGGUAAUUAUCGUGAAAUGAGAUUUUUUACGCCUUGGAUGAAGCCAGGCUUCGUGGAGGAUUUUGUUUUACCACCAGAAAUUCAAAAGGUUACCGAUCAGAAAGUUGUUUCCUUUGGGGAUGCUGUUAUCAACACACUCGAUACCUGCAUCGGUGCUGAGACAUGCGAGGAACUGUUCACACCGCAAUCUCCCCACAUUGCUAUGUCCCUAGAUGGUGUCGAAAUUAUCACCAACUCUUCUGGGUCUCACCAUGAACUGCGUAAAUUAAAUAAGAGAUUAGACUUGAUUCUAAAUGCAACUAGCCGUUGCGGUGGCAUCUAUUUGUAUGCAAACCAACGUGGCUGUGACGGUGACAGAUUGUAUUAUGAUGGGUGUGCUUUAAUUGCCGUUAAUGGUAAAGUUGUUGCGCAGGGAUCUCAAUUUUCUUUAAAGGAUGUGGAAGUUGUCACUGCAACCGUUGAUUUAGAGGAGGUCAGAAACUACCGCGCCAAUUUUAUGUCUCGUGGGUUGCAAGCUUCCCUAAGUGAAACGAAGUUCAAGAGAAUUGACGUCGCUGUCGAAUUAGCUCCAAUGAAAGCCAGAUUCGAUCCUCUUAUUGUACCAUCGAAAAGUCGCCCAAUUUUCUAUCAUACUCCGGAAGAAGAAAUUGCAUUAGGCCCUGCAUGUUGGUUAUGGGAUUACAUAAGACGUUGUAAUGGUACAGGCUAUUUCCUUCCUUUGUCCGGCGGUAUUGAUUCCUGUGCAACCGCAAUGAUUGUCCAUUCUAUGUGUAGAUUAGUUGUAAAGGAAGCCUCUGAAGGCAAUGAACAAGUUAUUUUGGAUGCUAGAAAGCUAACUCGCGGCGGAGAAGGCUGGAUUCCAAAUGAUCCGCAAGAAUUAGCCUCUAAAUUUUUCCAUACAUGUUUUAUGGGCACCGAAAACUCUUCGAAGGAAACAAGAGAUAGAAGUCGUGAACUUGCCACCCAGAUCGGCUCAUAUCAUGUUGACUUCAACAUGGAUAGCGUUGUCAGUAGUGUUGUUUCCCUAUUUGAGGUUGCUACUGGUAAGAAACCUGUUUAUAAAAUUUUUGGGGGCUCUCAAAUAGAAAAUUUGGCUUUACAGAAUAUCCAGGCAAGAUUAAGAAUGGUAUUUGCAUAUCUAUUUGCCCAGUUAUUACCAUGGCUUCGUGGUAUCAAGAACUCUGGUGGUUUACUGGUUUUAGGUAGCGCUAAUGUCGACGAGUGUUUAAGAGGCUAUUUGACAAAAUACGAUUGUUCCUCCGCUGAUAUUAACCCAAUUGGUGGUAUUUCUAAGACAGAUCUUAAAAAAUUCAUCGCAUAUGCCUCUACAGAGUAUAACAUGCCAAUCCUAGACUCCUUCUUAAAUGCAACCCCAACUGCUGAAUUAGAACCAAUCACCGAAGAUUACGUACAAUCUGAUGAAAUUGAUAUGGGUAUGACUUAUGAAGAAUUAAGUGUUUUCGGUUAUCUUAGAAAGGUCGAGAAAUGUGGUCCUUACUCUAUGUUCUUGAAAUUACUACAUGAAUGGACUCCAAGAUUGACGCCAGCUCAAGUUUCUGAAAAGGUCAAGAGAUUUUUCUUUUUCUACGCCAUUAAUAGACACAAGCAAACUGUCUUGACACCAAGUUAUCAUGCCGAACAAUAUUCUCCGGAUGAUAAUAGAUUUGAUUUAAGACCUUUCUUAAUCAACCCAAGAUUCACAUGGGCAAGUAAAAAAAUUGAUCAAGUAGUUGCACAAUGUGAAGGUAAGACUACAGACUUAGAUAUCAUGUCUAUUGAUUGA